AUGUCUAGAGGUAGAACAGCCCAUUCUAGAUUUCACAUUCCCAUAAAUUUAGAUGAGAGUUCUAUGUGUCACAUACGGCCUGAUGGUGAUGUAGCUUACUUACUUAAACAUACUAGGUUGAUCAUAUGGGAUGAAGCACCUAUGGUACACAGACAUGCUGUCGAAGCUUUAGACAGAACAUUUAAAGAUGUGUUGAUCGACAAAAGCAAUCUUAAUUCGGAUAGUUUGUUUGGAGGUAAAGUAAUCGUCUUUGGUGGUGACUUUAGACAGAUUCUUCCAGUAAUUCCAAACGGCAGUAGGCAACAAAUUGUCAACGCUUCGUUGAGUUCAUCUUAUAUAUGGUCCCAAUGUAAGUUACUUACUUUGACCAAAAACAUGAGAUUGACUAUUGGUGCUGAUAAAUCUAGAUUGGAGGAGACGCACAAAUUUGCCAAAUGGCUUCUCGAUAUUGGUGAGGGUAAAGUAGGAGGCGACAAUGAUGGUGUGGCAACUGUACAAAUACCUUCUGAUCUUCUAAUCACAGAUUGUUUGGAUCCCAUUGAAAGCUUGAUUCAAUUUGUAUAUCCAUCCGUUUUACAAAGAUAUAUGGAUCGAGAUUAUUUUUCAGAAAGGGCCAUUCUUACACCAAAAAAUGAGGUCGUACAUGAAAUCAAUGAUCGAUUGUUAGAGUUGUUUCCUGGUGAACCAACAGAGUACCUAAGCUCUGAUAGUAUAUGUCAAACCGAACAAGUUAAUGAUUCCUUCCAGCAAGAAUUGUAUUCACCUGAUGUUCUGAAUGGGUUAAAGAUAUCCGGUUUACCAAAUCAUCGUCUGGUUUUGAAAGUCGGUGUUCCAAUUAUGCUUCUUAGGAACAUUGACCAACAAAAUGGAUUAUGUAAUGGUACAAGGUUGCAGGUUACAUUUCUUGGGAAGCGGGUUAUGGAAGCUGAAAUUAUAUCAGGUGCUAAUGUUGGAACUAGAACGUUUAUUCCAAGAAUUACCAUGAUACCGUCGGACAAAAAAAUACCUUUUGCUUUUCAACGACGACAGUUUCCUGUUGCUGUGUGUUUCGCUAUGACAAUCAAUAAGAGUCAAGGACAGUCUUUGUCUAAGGUUGGACUUUUUUUAAAAGAGCCAGUUUUUACACAUGGUCAGUUAUAUGUAGCCUUAUCAAGAGUUAAAUCAAGAGAAGGGGUUAAGAUCUUAAUUCUAGAUAAGGAAGGUAAACCGACAGAUACUACAACGAAUGUUGUUUAUAAAGAAGUUUUUACGCACCUAUGUUAA